CUUCCAUGCUAGUCUCGGUCUCGUCUUUGCAAACUGUUCGUAAAUAAAGUUUGGCUGGAUAGGAGAGACUACUUUCAUGCCUGUCUUUAGAAAUUAAUUAUCAGUUGUGUCAAGAAUCAGGAGGCUUAUAAUUAAAUAUGGACUUUAAAAUCAAGAGGUCUAAAACCAAAAGCAGUCAAAAUGUAAGAAAGGCAAAAGAGAAUCCUGCCUCACAGAAAUCUGACAUCAGUUGCACAAGUGAGACAUCAGACUUGGAUCAUGAAAAAGAAAGUGAUUCAGAAAAUGUAACAGGGAGAUUCGUGUGUGAUGAAUGUAAGAAAGUUCUGUUCUCAACUAAAGCUGUCACUAUACAUAAGGAAAAGUAUCAUAAAAUAAAAAAGAAAUCAUCUGAUGGAAGUAUUAUUAAGCAUUGUGAGUUCUGUAAACAGAAAAUUUGUUUAACUCCAACAAAAGAGAAUAGAUUAAUUGACGACAUAGUUUGCUUACGAUGCAGAACUUCUUUGUAUAAACCUGCUGUUGAAGAUUCAACGGAACCUGUGAAGAAUGAUGAUGAGAAAACUGGUUUAGAAUGUGUUGAUUGUGGUCGUUGGUUUGACUCGAAGAAUGGGGUGACUAUGCAUAUGCGAAUGCAUGAACAGAAAAAUGAUAUAGUCAGGUACGUGUGUGAUAUAUGUAAUUAUGAGUGUGUGAUUCUCUCUGAUGAUUUCCUCAACCAUUUUCAAACUCAUGGUGACAAGCCGCGAAAGGGAAAAGAUUUGAAGUGUGGAUAUUGUAAUAAAACUUUCUCUAAAGUUAAUAAAUAUGAAAAGCAUGUAAAAAGCCAUUCAGAAUAUGUUGCAUCUGAUAAAAUGAUAUUGAAAUGCUGUAAACCAUUCUGUAAUGCCAUGUUUCGGAAGAAAGACUGGUUUGAAAAACACCAAUAUAUGCAUCAGUAUUUAAAUUAUGAGUGCAGUGUAUGUCAUAAAUAUUUCAAAACUGCCAAAGGUCAUGGAAGACAUUUCAAAAUAUGUGGAACUACAAAAAUAUAAAUUAAAUCUAAUUAAAAUGCUAUGUUU